CACACCCAGGCCAGUAUAUAAGACCCCAAAAGGAACUACGACUAUGUCAGUCACAUCAGUGUGGUGUAUACUUCUCCUCUUUUGACCAACGGAAAAAAAAUUGAGAGAUGGCACCCAAGAAGGCCAAGAGGAGGCAGCAGGCAGAGGGCGGCAGCUCUAAUGUAUUCUCCAUGUUUGAGCAGAGCCAGAUCCAGGAAUACAAGGAGGCCUUCACAAUCAUCGACCAGAACAGGGAUGGUAUUAUCAGCAAGGACGAUCUGAGAGAUGUGCUGGCCUCCAUGGGUCAGCUAAAUGUGAAAAAUGAGGAGCUGGAAGCCAUGGUCAAAGAAGCCAGCGGCCCCAUCAACUUCACUGUCUUCCUCACCAUGUUUGGUGAGAAGCUAAAGGGUGCUGACCCUGAGGAUGUUAUCGUGAGUGCUUUCAAAGUUCUGGACCCUGAGGCUACAGGCACCAUCAAGAAGGAAUUCCUUGAGGAACUCCUGACUACCCAGUGCGACAGAUUUACCGCAGAGGAGAUGACAAACCUUUGGGCUGCCUUCCCUCCAGAUGUGGCUGGAAACGUAGACUACAAGAACAUCUGCUACGUCAUAACACACGGAGAGGAGAAAGAGGAAGAAUAACUCAAUCCAUCAACCAUCUCUCUACCUCCUCAUUACCACACCAUAUUGUUACAUAUUCAGUAUCCCCAUGGUCCAUCUGUCCUCUCACAGAAACACUUGUAUAAACUGGAGGUCUUUUGGCAUUUGGGCUCUCUGAAUGUGAGUUACAUGUAGCUAAUGUGAUUAUUUUCAAUAAAAUAAUCUAA